AUGCAUUUCUCCGCUUUGGCCCUCUCUCUCAUUCCCUUGCUCCGCUCAAGCAGCACCCUUGCCACCGCCGCAGAAGCAUUCGACGAUGAGGCCUUGUACAAAAAGACUCUUCCAGAGUUCACCCCCGACGGGCUCAAGAUUGUCGACCUGCGGUUCAAAAACGACCUAGAAAAACGAGGAGUGUGCGGCAGCGUGCCCGGCGUUGCCAACGGCGAGUGCGUCCGAUACUACAGCAGCACCGGGUGCGCCGACCAGGACCACAUCAAGGGCUACAAGCCCACCUGUGCUGGCAACUGCUAUGUCGAUAAAUUCUACUCGGUCAAGGCCAUUGGCGACGGCACCUACUCUACGAAUUGCGACCUGUUCUCGGAUACUUCGUGCCAGAAUAAGAUUGCGAGCGUUGGCGGCAAGACUGGCGGUGGGCAUUGCGCCAAUGCCAACGGCUGGAGCAUGAAGUGCUACUACCGCUGCUAA